GUUUUUGGAGGCUGACAGCGGAUGAAGUCCGCCGGCAUGGGCACUGGGGAUUACAUCUGCAUAACGGUGCACGGUGGAGAACCGUGGGGUUUCAAUCUGCAAGGGGGUGCAGAGACGCUUCAUGAACCUCUGCACGUCACCCAGGUGGAUGAAGGGGGCUGCGCAGCCCUGGCAGGACUUUGCGUGGGGGAUGAGGUGGUGUCGUUGAACGGCCAGGCCUGUGCAGAUCUCACCCUCCCGGAAAUUGUGGCCCUCAUGGAUGCUGCCGGCGAUAGCCUGCGUCUGCUUGUCAAAAGGUACCCAGGUGCAGAUCACUCUGGGGAAAGGGAGGCUCCCGGGGAGGGCCUGGAGAGCACCACCCUGCAGAUUUGGCCCUCCAGAGAACUGUACAUCUCUGAGUCCCAGGAUGAAGCCUACUACGGGGAGACGGAGAGCGACACCGAGCUCCUGGUUAGAGGUCGGCUGGCCCGGGCCCAGGCUGACAGACGGCCGGAGGUCCCCCGCCUGGGAGGCUUCACACCAGGGGCCGUGGUGGAGCUGCAGCUGUCCCUGUCCGACCACAGCCUGGAAGAGCGGAGCACAGUGGGGGACACUUGUAGAGCGACGCCGAGCAACCCACCCAGGGUGAGCAACCACAGCCCUGACUCCGGGGGACCGAAGACCGAGCCCUGUGGCACCACCACCACCACCAGCUCCCUGUACAUCCCCCGCUCCAGCAGGGAGCCCCUGGGUCAGAGGGGUGAGCUAACAGGCCCCUCCUCUUCACUGGGCCAGGUGGAGGUCACCCUGCAGUGCUUGGGGAGGGGCUGGAAGAGGGAGGAGGUAGAGGCCACAAAGAGUGGGUGUCGUGAUACUCAGCAGGAAGGAGGGCAGACCAAGGAAGCUCCUGCUUGUGUCUCCUUUGGAAUUUCUGGAGAGGGAACCGAGCCAGCGGAGGAGUGGGAUUCAGAGUCUGAGAGGGACCCCAGCAAGCCCAACAAGCACCGAGCAAGGCACGCGAGGCUUAGGCGCAGUGAGAGUCAGUCAGAGAAGCAGGUGAAGGAGGCCAAGUCUAAAUGUAAGCGCAUUGCUCUGCUGCUGACUGCGGCUCCCAACCCCAACAACAAAGGGGUGUUGAUGUUCAAGAAGCACCGGCAGAGAGCCAAGAAGUACACGCUAGUGAGCUACGGGACGGGGGAGAACGAACCCGAGGAAGACGACGAGGAAGAGGAAGAGGGCAAGGAGGACCAGGCUGUUGAGUACACCUUCCUGGCCACCAGCGAGUCGGAGAUUGACGAGGACUUCCUCGCUAAUGCUCAAAGCCGUGGCAACAUUGUAACCUUGGACUGGGAUACAGGACUGCUUGAGAUAGAGAAGAACCUUGACGACUUGGAGGAGAUGGAGCGUCUGCCCGAGACCAAGGGCAAAGGGGCCCUGAUGUUUGCCCAGCGAAGGCAGAGGGUUGACGAGAUCACUGCUGAGCAUGAGGAAAUGAGAAGGAAGGGAAUCCCGGUGGAAGGGGUUCAAGAGAUUGAGAACGCCCAGAUCUCAAAACACGCAUCUUACCAGAUGGAGGAAAGAUCCUACAUGCAGUCCACAGAGAGCCAAGCCUACAUGGACUUGAACAUGCAGCAGCAGCAGCAACAGCAACAACAACAACAGUAUCACCAGUACCUGCAGCAGCAACAACAUUACCAAGAAGAACCACUCUAUCACCAGCAGCAACAAUACCAGCUGCAGCAACAGCAGCAAAUUCAGCAGUACUCUCACAGUAUGAACGGUGUAGUUCACUACCAAACAGAUGACAUGCAAGGAUCAACUAUGGUCAACAGAACAGCUAAGCCCUUCGUAGGGGUCCAGAAUAGGGUACCUGCUCCUUUUACACCCCCAGAAGCAUAUUCCCAGGCCUGGGCACCAACAGGUCAAGGGGAACAAAUAGCCUCACGUGAUGAGCGCAUUUCUGUGCCGGCCAUCAGAACGGGGAUCCUGCAGGAUUCAAAGAGGAAAAAUACUGCCAAGCCCAUGUUUACUUUUAAAGAACCUCUCAAAGUCUCACCAAACCCAGAGCUUCUGCAUCUUCUCAAUAGGAGUGAGAGGAAGGCUGGCUUUGAGUCAGGCCCAGAGGAAGACUAUCUUAGUCUAGGUGCUGAGGCCUGUAACUUUUUGCAGUCCUCCAAACACAAGAAUAAGAUUCCUCCACCCGUUGCACCAAAGCCUACUAUUAAUCCUGCCUCACCACCGUGGUCCCCUCAACCUGAAAAUGUCACCCAAGCACCCUCCUAUCCUGCACAAAAUGAAGUCCCUGCUCCUACUGAAGCUCCACCUCUUCCCGAGGCUCCUGCUCCUCCUGCACCUCCUGUCUCCGAUGGUGGUCCUGCUCCUGAUGAUACUCUUGCCACUGCUCCUGCACCUGCUCCUGAAAAGUCUCCAUCACCCCUGGAACAUGCCCCAGUAAGUGCCUGGAGUCCCCCAGAACCUCAGGCUCAACCUGAGCCACCAGAUGCCCAGAGUCCACCUCAGAAUCAUGAGCCCUCUCACCAGGCUCCAGUUCAGACCGAGCCACAGCCACAGCUGCAGCCACAACCACCUGUAACCGCCUGGGCCCCGGUUCAAAAAGAGUCACCGCCGCAGCCAGCCGUGACUGCAUGGCCUCCAGCUCAUACCGAGUCACAGCCUGCUUGGGCUUCAGCUCCCCAACCACAGCCACAGCCUCAGGCAUAUCCACAACCACAGCCACAACCCCAGCUUCAACCACAGCUUCAACCACAACCACAACCCCAGCCUCAACCACAGACACAGCCUCAACCAGAGCCACAACCCCAGGCACAUCCACAGCCUCAACCACCUCCACAACUCCAGGUGCACCUACAACCACAGCCACAACCACAGACACAGGCAUAUCCACAAGCCCAGCCUCAACCACAGCCACGGCCUCAGGCAUAUUCUCCACCCCAGGCACAUCCACAACCCCAGUCUCAACCACAGACACAGCCUCCAUCACAGCCACAGCCUCAUUCACCUUUGACUGCGUGGGCUCCAGCUGAGAACCAGGCACAACCGCCUUGGGCUCCACCCCCCCAGUCCCAGGUGCAGCUACCUUGGGUAUCACAGCCUCAGCCACAGCCACAACCUCCACCUCAGCCACAGCAGCCUAUGCCCUCUUGGGCCUCUGCAGAGCCCCAGCCACCCUGGGCCUCACGGCUGCAGCCUCCUUCACAGCCACAGCCACAGCCACAGUCUCCCAUCACUGCUUGGGCCCCAGCUGAGACCCAGGUGCAACCGCCCUGGGCUUCCCCACCUCAGCCACAGGCACGGCCACCCUGGGCCUCCCCGCCCCAGUCUCACCAGCACCCGCAGGCACAAACACAGCCACAGCCGCCCUGGGCUUCACCACCUCAACCACAGCCUCAGCCACAACCACAGCCAUCCACGCCCGCUUGGGCCUCGGCUGAGACCCAGGCACAGCCACCCUGGGCUUCACAGCCAUCCUGGGCUUCACAGGCACAGCCUCAGCCACAAGCUUCCUGGGCCCCACAACCUCAGCCACAGGCACAAGCUCCACAGUCACAGCCACCCUGGGUCUCAUCACCCCAGCCUCACACACAAUCCCAGUCCUCCUGGGCUCCACCACCCCAGGCUCAGAUACAGUCCCAACCACCUGCAAGUGCCUGGGUUUCACAGCCACAUCAGGGUCCAAUGAGUGCCGUGGCCCCGACACAAAAUUACGCAGGACCUCCUCCGCCUGUAAAAUCAUGGAAUCAGCCUGAAAGUUCUACCAAUUCCAUAGCUCCUCCUCCUCCCCCUCAACGAAUGAACUCCUACACAUUAGCGUCAAAGACGUUACCGUCUUCCCCAAUAGGCAGUGUCUGCUCAGCUGGCACGGCCUUUGAGAUGCCAGCCUUGAAAGGAAGAGGGGCUGAGCUGUUCGCCAAGAGACAGUCUCGUAUGGAGAAGUAUGUGGUGGACUCUGCUACGGUGCAGGCCAACAAAGCUAGAGCCCACUCCCCUACCCCUUCUUUGCCGAGUUCUUGGAAGUAUUCGCCCAAUAUCCGAGCUCCCCCUCCAUUAGCAUACAACCCCAUUCACUCUCCCUCAUAUCCCCCUGGAGCAAUGAAGCAGCCUCCUCCAUCUAGCCCAACAUCAAAGGCUAAAAAUAAGGGGGGUAAAGGCAAACCAGCCCCAAAACCUCUUCAUGUUUUGGAUGUCAUGAAACAUCAGCCCUACCAGCUGAACUCUUCCCUCUUCACCUAUGGCCCAGCCGCUGAAGCAAAAGCCCCUCCUCCAAAGCCUGUUUCAGCCCCCGGCCCUGCACCUGUUAAUCAAAACCAACCAGUCAAUUAUGAGCAAGCUGCCCCUGUCCAGCCUUCUGGACCAAUGAGUGCUCCAUAUCCUCCUGCACAACAGCAGAGCCCACCACCCCAGCAGCCACCACAUCCCUCUUAUGGUGCACCUCCACCAUCAUCUGCUGUGCAUGAUGGUCUCAGCCACCAGCCUCCUCCCAAUGCUUACCAACCAGCUGAGAACACUCUCUACCCGCAACUUCCCACUGCUCCUUACCAAUCAGCUCCUAACCAGCCCUAUCAAGCAGCCCCAGCCAUGGCCUAUCAAUCAGCACAUAACCCUGCCUACCAACAAGGCCCUACCCCGCCCUACCAAGCAGCUCCUGCCAUGCCCUAUCAAGCAGCUCAGAACCCUCCCCCCCAACCAGCUCCUGCCACACCCUACCAGCCCACCCCUAACCCUCCCUACCAACCAGCUCAAUCACCUCCAUACCAACCAGCUCAUAGCCCUCCAUAUCAGCUAGCUCCCAGUACCUAUGUGGUUCCCAGUUUCCCAAUGCCCUCAAAGGCAGAAUCUGUAACUGCAGGUGGCAUUCUAGCAGCUCCACGACCCAAGUUCUCUGCAAAAAAGUCAGGAGUAGAAGCCCAGGGUCUUGGCAGGAAUUACGCUCUGCCUCUACCCAGGCGGUCAGAGUACACAUUCUCCAUGUCCAGAUCAGUGGCCCAGCCCUACUGCGGAACACAGGAAACGCAGACCUCCUGGCUGGAGAAACGCUACAAGCCCCCCACCCCCUGGGAAGCAGCGGCCAAGAGCCCCCUGGGCCUGGUGGAUGAGGCCUUCUCAUUCCAGAGCCUCCAGGAGUCCAUCGCCACCAAUGUCAAGUCUGCAGCACAGCGCAAGUCCCUGCCAGAGCCCCCUGCUGAGUGGAAGGCCAGGGUGUCGUAUGAGCCCCCGCCAAGGAGCCUGGGCCAGUACUACUCUCCCCUGGCUUUCGCGUCCCCAGCCAAGAGCACUGUCUCGGCUCCGGCCGCACCCGCUCAGUAUGGGUUUCCUUUCAGACAACACCAACCCCAGAGGUCUGUGACAGAGUCAAGCAUCAGGCACCUAGGAACAAGCUCUAUGCACAGGAGAUAUGUCAAUCAGCCAACCUACACAUCCAUGUAUAGCACAGCCUGGAGAUGGUAAUCCGGCACCUAUAAGGUCUGCUUUUUACUGCUUCAGCAAAUAUUAUGAUUAUGGUUUGUAAACAUGCAUUUGUAGAAUAUGUUUUCAGAAUGAAAAAGGGGAUGGGAAAAGAGGCAAUAUGAGGCUUUAUAGAGCUUCAUUAUUGUAUUAGCACAUACAUAGUAACUGAAGUGAAGCUGAUCAUGAAGCAUACAACAUAUACAUGAACGAUAGUGAUACAGAUAUGUCAAUGUAGAGGUCAUCCCCUGGAAGGUAUCUGGUUAUGCAAGUCUUGAUGUUUCUUGGCAUAAAGACAGGAACACGGCUAAAGGGAAGA